UCCUUCCUACUUUGCUCCACCCACAACAGGAAUAAAAAAUGGCGCCAAAAUCCCACUCAUUGUUGGGAAGUUUUCCGGCGAUUGGCGUCGCCGUUUCUCUUCUGUUACUCCUCUUUGUCAAUCCAAUUUCAUGCGGUGGCCAUGAUUAUCAAGAUGCUCUUCGAAAGAGCAUUCUUUUCUUCGAAGGCCAGCGCUCCGGCAGGCUCCCUCCAGAUCAACGCGUCAAAUGGCGCCGCGAUUCUGCCUUGCACGAUGGCUUCUCCGUCGGGAAAGAUUUAACGGGAGGAUAUUACGACGCAGGAGACAACAUAAAGUUUGGGUUCCCAAUGGCAUUUACGACGACGCUACUGUCGUGGGGCAUAAUCGACUUCGGAAGGAACAUGGGACCUGAGCUGAAGAACGCCGUUAAGGCCGUAAAAUGGGCUACUGAUUAUCUGUUAAAGGCAACGACAGUGCCCGGCGUCGUUUUUGUUCAGGUGGGCGACGCCUAUUCUGAUCAUAACUGCUGGGAGAGGCCAGAGGACAUGGAUACGAUUCGAACGGUAUAUAAAAUCGACGGUUCCCACCCUGGUUCCGACGUGGCUGGUGAAACUGCAGCUGCACUGGCCGCUGCUUCCAUUGUGUUUAGAUCACGUGAACCUGCAUACUCAAGAUUGCUUCUCGAUCGAGCCGUUAGGGUGUUCGAGUUUGCUGAUACACACCGGGGUGCGUACAGCAGCAGCCUGCAUUCUGCGGUGUGCCCCUUUUACUGCGACGUCAACGGCUACCAGGACGAGUUGCUUUGGGGAGCAGCAUGGUUGCACAAGGCUUCACGCAGGCGCCAAUACAGAGAGUAUAUAGUGAAAAACGAGGUGGUACUGCAUGCUGGAGAUACCAUCAAUGAGUUUGGCUGGGAUAACAAGCAUGCUGGAAUUAACGUCCUCAUUUCCAAGGAAGUGUUGAUGGGAAAAGCAGACUAUUUCGAAUCUUUCAAGCGAAAUGCAGAUGACUUCAUUUGUUCUUUAUUGCCUGGAAUUUCUCAUCCUCAAGUUCAAUAUUCUCCAGGUGGGCUGAUCUUCAAGGCUGGAGGGAGUAACAUGCAGCAUGUAACGUCACUGUCUUUCUUGCUGCUAGCUUAUUCCAAUUAUCUAAGCCACGCCAAUAAGGUCGUGCCAUGUGGUGAGACCACAGCCUCCCCUGCACUUCUCAAGCAAUUGGCUCAACGUCAGGUGGACUACAUUCUUGGAGAUAAUCCAAUGAGGAUGUCGUACAUGGUUGGAUAUGGGGAACGCUACCCACAGAGGAUACACCACAGGGGCAGCUCCUUACCAUCAGUGCAGGCCCACCCGGCCCAUAUAGGGUGUAAAGCAGGGUCUCGCUAUUUCUUAAGUCCAAAUCCAAAUCCUAAUGUGCACGUAGGAGCGGUAGUAGGUGGGCCAAAUGUCUCAGAUGCUUUUCCAGAUUCCAGGCCCUUUUUUCAAGAAUCAGAACCCACAACUUACAUCAAUGCACCAUUGGUGGGCCUUCUCGCUUACUUUUCAGCCCACUCUUGAUUUUCAUCAUAUUGUAAGUGGUGCGCGAAUUGGUCACCCUACUUAGCCCUAUUAUUGUCAAAAGAAAUGAAAGUUGCCUUGCUCAACCAAA